UUUGGGCAAUAAGAGGUUAGGUUUCGCAUCGCGCAUGUGUUUUUUUGAAAAACAAGUAGGGGGAAUAUUGACAUAACUCUCUGGGCAAACUAAGAAAUUGAUAUGUCUCCCUCGACUUCAUCAGAAGCUGUUGAAGACCAGAAGCUCAGACCUUUCUUCUGUGAAUUGGAUGUUUUGAGUAGACCUGAUGGAAGUGCCAUAGUAUCUCAAGGCGACACUACUGCUAUUGCAGGUGUUUAUGGACCCAUUGAGGCGAAACCGAACAAAACUUACAUUGAAAAAGCUGCUAUUGAGGCAAUUUAUAGACCGAAAAGUGGACUACCAUGUGUCCCAGAUCGAAUGAGUGAAAGUACACUGCAGCAUACAUUUGAAGCUGCUAUACUAACCACAGCACAUCCCCGGACACUCAUAACUAUUUCUAUACAGGAGAUGCAGGAUUCUGGUGGUCUAUUAGCCUGUGCUAUAAAUGCAGGAUGCCUGGCCAUAAUGAACUCUGGGCUGCCUAUGAGAUUUCUAGUUGCUGCUGUUAACUGCAUGAUCCAUGAAAAUGGAGACAUCAUUUUGGAUCCUGAUGAAAAACAGCUCAAGGAAUCCUGUGCAGUUAUGACAUUUGCCUUUGAUAAUGUAAAUAAGAAUAUUGUGUCAUCCAGCACGGAUGGCAGUUUUUCUGAGACUCAGUACCAAGAAGCUAUUCUUAAGUGCCGCUCAGCGUGUGAUGAAAUUUUCCAGUUGUAUCGUGAUAUAGUAAAAAAAUAUGCUCCCUCAAUGGGCUAGCAUACUGUUUUUGUUUUAUUAUUAUUAUUUGCAAUUGAACUCAAAAUUUUCUUGAUGUAAUUGACAACUAUUGCUGUUAUGCUUAGCUCCCAAUUAUAAGCCUAUUUUAGUCUUGAAA